CGUACGGCAUCAGGGUUGCGUGUGUGCAAGCAGUGCGUCUCGCUGUGUUGCCUUCGUAGCUGCCAUCAUUGUCGUUGUCUCCGUAGCAACGACAGAUAAAACGGCUUUCUCGAUGCAUCGAGCAACACGUUCGCGUGUACGUCGCGUGUACGCGCGUGCCAGCUUCGAUUUUCACCGAUCGGGUCUGAUCGUGUACGGUCGUCGUCGAUCGUCGACGAACGAACGCGGUGACAGGUCUACGAACAUAUCUUCGACGUAGCCGAAUUAUGGCGAUAGCUGUUUAUCGUGAAAGAAAAAAAGAAACGGUAAGAGAGAAUAGAAAGAAAUAAGGAAAGAAAGAAAAAGAAGUAGUAGCCGCUUCUCGAUUUCGAUCGAUCUCAUCCACAAGUAACGAAGGAGUGGGGUGACCUUCCCCUCCUUUUUUCCGGCGAAAGUGGAGCCUUUCCACGAAAGCGAUCGAUUAUACAGUGAUCGCGGGACUCCGAUUCGCGGGCGUUGUCUCGAGGAGCGGUGAAUCCGCUCGCGCAAUUGGCUCGCUUCUCGUCGAUGCAGCGUCGAACAGCAAUACCAGUAGCAUCGGCAUCAGCAGCAGUUCUAACAAUCAAGAAGAGGUGAGAAGAAGAAAAAUCGGCUCACUUUUCUGGAUUCGUAUUCCUAUCAUUGUCACGGUGUGAAAGUGAGUUUGUAAACUUUGAAAGAGCGUGAGAGAGAGAGAGAGAGAGAGAGAGAGAGAGAGAGAGAGAGAGAGAGAGAGAGAGAGAGAGAGGGAGGGAGAGAAAGAGAAAGAGAGAGGGAGAGGUCUGUCGCGAGCGCGUUCGGGAACGCGUGUCGUCCAAGAUGGCUACCGCCGGCAACGCGUCGGCCGGCGGCGAGUCGAACGGAGCCGGUAAUAAUAACGUGCCUCAAUGGAAAAGAGAUCUGAUACAACGACGAAGACAACAAAAUAAGAUUCUAUCGAGCAACGGAGGAGCUAGCGUUAAACUUUCAUCGACGGAGAGUCGCGACGAUAUCGCGAUAGUCUGUCGUCAGGAACAACGAGAUGCAUCAUCGACAAAAACGACGACGGUAACGACAACGUGCGAGGAAGAAAAGUUCAGUGGUAGCAGUAACGAGACUGGUACUGCUAUCGCCUUUACCGAUGCUCUUGCCGGUAAUAGUGUUAGUGGUACCGGGGGCGGCAUGGGCGGCCUCCCUACUACGAUGGCUCCGCUUGUCGGCAGGGGACUCGCUAGUGGCGCCACCAUUCUCCACGGUGGUAAUAGCUGCGAAAUUGGCUCAGUGGCGCGCAACAUGCGUCUCGAGGCGGAUCUCUCACUUUGCUCCGAUUCGGAGGAUGUAAACGGUAGUGGUGCUAGUGGUGCUUCUAUCAGAUCCACGGACAUGGAACGAAAGAUGGAGCACGUUGGAGAUGAUUACGAGACCGAGGAUAAUGUCCUUGGGACGAGAAGAACGCGUGACAUCGGCAACAACGUAUUCGAAGAACUUAGUGGUAACACGAUAAGCAGCGUAAAGACCGCCGUAGGCGUGAGAACGAACGAAGCCGACGCCGAAAGCGACAGUUCCGAGGAACUACAAUACGGUCCUGGUAUCGUGAAUAAACUCAAAAGCAAAUAUCUUAAUCUUGCUCUUAGGGAAACCAAUAAGAGCCGAGCGACCGUUCAACGUUUCCGACGUGCUGCCAGUUUGGAAGAUCUACUCGAUCGAGAGGACGAGCCGACGAAUGAAAAAAAUGCGAGUACCGUUUCUGGUAGGAAGUACGCUAAGAGAAACGUGGCCGGGCAAACGAGCAAAACCGGCGGCGAUAGGUAUCGAAAUGCUAAUCGUGGUAACGAAACGAUGAAAAGAGCUAGAAGCGUCGAAACUCUCAUAAGGUACAAUGCCUGUUCAUCCUCGAUCGAUGAUUCCGGUCUCCCAAAGACAAAUGCUAAUACGAGGAUCGCGUCGAGACAGGAUCCGAUUAACGAUCACAUCGUUCUCGUCGACAGGAGCACCGUUAAGAUAGAGAGUCGACUUAGCGAGAUAGACCGGCCCAAGGCGGCAAACAAGCCGAAAAGAAUCAAGCCAGUUUUGGCAGAAACCGAACGGCCUCCACCCGAUCUAGUCAAGACGACAAUGCGCAUAUUCGAAGGAUCGGCGAAAAAAUUGAAGCCUAAAGGAGAGGUCGCUGCUAAGGUAGCGACCUUUAAGACGAUCAACGAUACUUUCAAAGCGCAGAAUCAAAAAAAGGUACUACCUAAACCGCCGCUACAGCCUAAACCCUUUGUCAAUGGUAAUGCCAGGAGUAAUACUACCGGUUCCUCGUCACCGAAGAAGAUCGUCUUACCUCAAAAACCAACGGCCGAACUUAUAGAAAAGGACGAGGAUUUUCAUUUCGACGGUGUCAUUACCGAUCCUAUAGUACAAUCAGUUUCUUCUGUAGUGAGCAAGUUUCAGCAAAUUGAAAAGUCUCAUUCGCCGUCACCUUCGCCAGAGCCUACCUUUAAUAAGCUCAGGUUUUCUCCAGCACCGAGUCCAGAACCUCAAAAUAGAUCGAAAGUUGGUACUCUCGAGAUAGGUAUUAAAUCUCCACCUUUAACUCCAUUAUUGUCACCCAGGAUCUCUUCUCCAGCUGCUCAGAGUCCGUCUUCGCCAAUCAAGGAUGUCAAUAUUCCUAUACUUCAGAGUUCCAGUCCAAUUCGUAAACCCAGCCCUGCCAAAGAGAUCGCAGAAACGGGUAAGCUCGUUCAAACCCAUAAUCGCCAGGUAGAAAAAGAAACGAUGAUAUUGUCUACGAGACAAAGGUUGCCGAGUCCUAAAAAAAAUGAAACCAUCGAGUCAUCCAUUUCGAAGGAUCUUUCUAUUGAUGAGUUGAGACUAGAACCAGAAGUAGCAGAGGAGGUAGAAGAUCAAGAUGAGGAAGAAGAAGAAGAAGAAGAAGAAGAAGAAGAUGAAGAAGAAGAUGAAGAAGAAGAAGAAGAUAAUGAUGAAGAUGGUGAUGAUGAUAAUAAAGAAGAGAAGAACAAAGAUGUGGAGGAUGGGCCGAAAACAAUUUCUUCCUCGGCUUUAGACAAUAUUGGUAAAGCUGGUACGACAAUGCGUUUUAGGUUCAACGAUGAGUCCAAUGCCAGAGAAAAGAAUUAUUUGCCAGGUGUGAAACAAAAUGGACGUAAGCUCGAGGAAAGGGCUACGAAUAUAUCAAAGGCUAGUAGCUGUGAUAUAAAGAGUAAUGAAUCCUUUGUUGGAAUUCUUCGAGAUCAGGAAAUAGCUUCGAAACUUCUUCGUGAAAGAUUGGCUCUAGAUAAAGAUAACAAGAAGAAGAACGGGGACAAUGUUGAGAUCGAAGAGAAGAAGGCUGACAACAAAUCUCCAAAGUCUGUUAGCUUAAUCAGUUCUACCACAACGUCCUAUUCUCAGGGUAACGAAUCUAAAACGAUAAGAUGUCAGAAAAGUGAAUCGUCUCCGCCUCAAAAACAAAUUGGUAUUAUAAGACCACUUGUGUCCACCAAAACCCAAAUUCCUCAACAGAAUCUAAGCAAUCGAGAGUUAGAGAAGAAUCUUAUAAAUCGCGUUAAAAGUAUAGAACAACCUACAAAGGUUGUGGUUAGUUUGAAGAGUGCCGAUGAGAUACAACCAACUAAGAAGUCAACUUCCACUGGUGGUCCUGGUACUGGUGCUGGUGCUGGUGCUGGUGGUGGUGGUGGUGGUGGUGGUCUUUGGGAUGCCAAACCUUGGAAUCAACAGAACAACACAAUGGUAUUCAAUUUUAGCAACAGGAAGGACGUUCCUGAUUACAUAGAAAACGAUGGCCUUAUUAUCAAAAGGAAACGCGAAAAGCCAAAGGUUGGAGACGGUGGCAUUAUAGUACUAGACGCAACUUUGGAUGCUUCAACGACCGAUGAUUCCGAAUGGGAGCUUUCGGGUGGACCACCGUCACCUUGCGAUGUGUCCUUUCUCAAUGAUAAUAUUCUUAUCAAUGGUCGGAGCAAUCUAUCGAGAACACCAAGAAAUCACAAGCAUCGAAUACAAUUUGAUGAUAUGGCGACGCGCACCUUCGAAUAUCCAAGCGAGGCCUCGAUGUUGGAGGGCGAGGGCAGCAUCGUGGAUGGCGAAACCUCUGCUUCCGGAGAGCAAUCUACGCAGAUCAUCAAUAAAACGUCCGCGACCGGUUCGACGACGAGCAUCCCGUCGCUUCUCGGAGGUGGUGGUUUGGCGAGCUAUACACCGAGCAAAGUGGAUUUGGCAUCUGAGGGCUUCGAAUUAGGUGUUACCAGGGCUACGUUAACAACGGUUACAAGCUUGACUACGAACAACACGAAUGGCAACGAUCAACAACAGCAGCAGCAGCAGCAGCAGCAGCAGCAACAGCAACAAGGGCAAAACGCGAGCGAGGUCGACUACUUGAAACCUGCUCAAGAUGGCAAUGCAUGGGGUUCCGAGACGACCGGUGAUCUUCUUUAUUGAAUAGCCGAUGAACCGGCGAAGAAGAAGAAAUAAAAAUAGGAGCGAGAAAAGAGGAGAGAAAGAAAGACAAAACUGCUGCGAGAGCCCAAAAAGGAAAAAAAGGGAAUCACGUUGAAAUAUUUUCUGCCUUUCUACCUUGAAAUACAUCAUAUUCCAGAGAUCGAGGAUAACAUAGGAAAGAAAAGGAAAAAGAAAAAGGAAAACGAUCAGCAUCGUAGAAUUGAAGAGAAAAAACUUUUUCAUGAUUGUAAAAAUCGAUUGGAAAGAGAAUGGCUUUCGAACGAGUGAAUUUUUUUUCUUUUUUCCAUGAGUUUCUAGAAGGUGGAUAGAAAGGGGGUUAGGAGGAGGAGAGACAAAAGUAAAUAAAAACAAGUACGAUAAUGAAAUCCUCGAUUUCCUCUCGAAUGCACGGUGCAGCAGGAAAUUCGUUUGAAUACGGUUAGACGUUUAGUCAAAUUUACAAAAGAAACAGUAUCAUUCCAAGUUUAUGCAUUUACCUCUUAUUCUUACGAUAUAUCGCGAAGCGAACGGAUAAUUUUCCUAAAGAGAACGAAUCAUCGAUUACUGCCAAGAUAUGUUAGUACUUGUUCUAAAUAUGGCGCCUUAAAAAACUACGAGCCAGUUGACGACGAUUCAUCGAGACAUCGUAGUCAUGUCAGAUAUAUGCAAAGAGAAAAUGAAAGCAUAUCACCUUUUUGGCGUAUUUUAUAGAUGAUAUAUAUAUAUAUAUAUAUAUAUAUAUAUAUAUAUAUAAAUAAUAUACAUAUAUGCAUAGUAAAGUCGAUAGGGAGAAGUGAAAGUUUUGUAACCUUUUUGAGAUUAUUUUACCGCUAAACUGCUAAGUAUUUAAGCUGCCAAUCGAGGAUCAGAAUUUUAUGCAAACGUUUUUAGGAAAGAAAAAGAAAAAGAAAAAUUAAAACAAAAUUAUGAUAAAAAGAAAAGAAAAAGAAAAAGAAAAAAAAAGCAAAACAAAAAAUUGAAUAUCUUAGAGGUGUAUGUGAUCGUGAAGGGCGAGGUGGGGUAUAAUAUCUGUAAUAAAAA